AUGCCUUAUGUGUGUGAGCUCUGUGGGAAGGGCUCCUGCUACCCCACAUACUUGCAGGGUCAUGCCGAGAUCCAUGUUGACCUCAAGAGGCCCUUUAAAUGCCCUGAGUGUCCACAGAAGUUCCAGUAUCCCUGUAUGCUGCGCGAACAUGGUAAAGUGCACUCUGGGAUCAGGCCAUUCACCUGUGAACCGUGUGGGAAAAGCUUCAGGACUCACUCGAAGCUGCUUAAGCACAGCCGGACCCACACUGGGGAGAGGCUGUAUGAAUGCGAGAAGUGUGGGAAGAGCUUCAGGACUCGCUGGGUUCUGCGUGAGCACAGCCGGACCCACACCGGGGAGAGGCCAUAUGACUGCAAGCAGUGCCGGAAUAGCUUCAGGACUCGCUCAUGUCUACUUCGGCACAUUCGGACCCACACCGGGGAGAGGCCGUAUGCCUGCAAGCAGUGUGGGAAAAGCUUCGGGACUUGCUCGGACCUGCUUAAGCACAUUCGGACCCAUACCGGGGAGAGGCCGUAUGACUGUGAGCAGUGUGGGAAAACCUUCAGGACUUGCUCACACCUACGUAAUCACAGCCGGACCCACAGCGGGGAGAGGCCCUAUGACUGUGAGCAGUGUGGGAAAAGCUUCAUGACUAGCUCGAAUCUGUAUAGGCACAGCCAGACCCACACCGGGGAGAGGCCGUAUGACUGCAAGCAGUGUGGGAAAAGCUUCAGUACUCGCUCGAAUCUGUAUAGGCACAGCCGGACCCACACCGGGGAGAGGCCGUAUGACUGCAAGCAGUGUGGGAAAAGCUUCGGGACUCGCUCGGAACUGUGUAAGCACAGCCGGACCCACACUGGGGAGAGGCUGUAUGAUUGCGAGCAAUGUGGGAAAAGCUUCGGGACUCGCUCGGAACUGCGUACGCACAACCGGACCCACACCGGGGAGAGGCCGUAUGACUGCAAGCAAUGUGGGAAAAGCUUCAGAACUAGCUCAAACCUGCACGAGCACGGCCGGACCCACACCGGUGAGAGGCCGUAUGACUGCCAGCAGUGUGGGAAAAACUUCAGCACUAGCUCAGCGUUGCGUAGGCACAGAUGGACCCACACUGGGGAGAGGCCAUAUGUCUGCCCAGAGUGCGGGAAGGGGUUCCUGGGGAGCGGCGCAAGGAACAAGCACAUGCGUAUCCAUACAGGCAAGCGGCCCUACACGUGCCCACAUUGCGAGAAAGGUUUCCGCAGCCCAGACACCCUCCAGGUUCAUCUGGUGGCGCACAGGAACCACAGUCCCUUCUAG